CGCUAGCACACGGAGCGUCAGCCGUAAACACACACCACCCUACGGAGACUGGCAGCGUCCUCUCCGCUGGGAUGGGCGUGGGGCCGAGGGUUUGCCACACGGUCCCCAGAAGGUUCCUCCAAAGCCAGCCGCAGAGGCAAGUCGCGGCGCCCAGAGCCCACGGAGGACCCGCGCGCGAGGAAACUGGGGCCACCUGGGCUCGCUCCGAGUGAACCGCGCUGCCGUCAUUCAUUCGCGGCGUCCGGAGCGUCCCGCCCGCGGGGCGCUGGGCUUCGCCGCGGGUGCGAGUGGUGCCGACGCGGAGAGCUAGCGCGCGGGGGGCCUCCAGGGCUCUGAGCGGCUCGAGACCGAGGCGGCCCGGAGUUUUGGUCGGCGCCGCGGGAGCAGCCGCACCCCAGUCCAGCUCGGCCCACGCCGCGGGGCCGAAGCAGCUCGUGUAGCCCGCAGCCUCGCCCACCGCCGAGCCGGAUCCCGAGACUUAGCGACACCACUUCCUCCUCCUCCCGCUCCUCCCGCCGCCCUGGGCCGCGGCCGAGCUGCGGGCGGCAGGCCCGGGCGUCUGCGGCCGCGGGCUCGCGGGAGGCGGCGGCGGCGGCGCGCGGGGAGGAUGCUGCUCACGGUGCCCGCGUCCUCGCCGUCCUCCCCGGCCGCCCGCGGGGGCUUUGUUGUGGCCGGGGCGCCGCGGGCCGCCCGCUGCUGAAGUCGCUUCCCGCCUGGGCGCGGGCGGGCGGGCGGGCGAGCGUGUCCGGGAGUGCGCGCCCGUGCGCGCCGGUGUGUGCAGCAGCCGCCCCGCCGCCCCAUUGUGCGUGCGCCCGCGGCGCCCGGGAAUAUGUGGGUGAACCCAGAGGAGGUGCUGCUGGCCAACGCGCUGUGGAUCACCGAGAGGGCCAACCCCUACUUCAUCCUGCAGCGGAGGAAGGGGCACGCGGGGGAUGGAGGCGGCGGCGGCGGGCUGGCUGGCCUCCUGGUGGGUACCCUUGAUGUCGUGUUGGACUCCAGUGCCCGGGUGGCUCCCUACCGAAUCCUGUACCAGACCCCAGACUCUUUGGUCUAUUGGACCAUCGCCUGUGGUGGUUCUAGGAAGGAAAUCACUGAACACUGGGAAUGGCUAGAGCAGAAUCUGCUGCAGACACUGUCCAUCUUUGAAAAUGAGAAUGACAUCACCACUUUUGUGAGAGGAAAAAUACAGGGCAUCAUUGCAGAGUAUAACAAAAUCAAUGAUGUGAAGGAAGACGAUGACACCGAGAAGUUUAAAGAGGCCAUUGUGAAAUUCCACAGGCUGUUUGGGAUGCCCGAGGAAGAGAAACUCGUCAACUAUUACUCUUGCAGCUACUGGAAGGGGAAGGUCCCCCGUCAGGGUUGGAUGUACCUCAGUAUUAACCACCUUUGCUUUUAUUCUUUUCUUAUGGGAAGGGAAGCCAAGCUGGUGAUCCGGUGGGUGGACAUCACUCAACUGGAGAAGCGCGCCACGCUGUUUCUGCCCGACGUGAUCAAAGUGAGCACACGGUCCAGUGAGCAUUUCUUCUCCGUGUUUCUCAACAUCAACGAGACCUUCAAGUUAAUGGUGCAGCUCGCCAACAUAGCCAUGAGGCAGCUCUUAGACAAUGAGGGAUUCGAACAAGAUCAGUCCCUGCCCAAGCUGAAAAAGAAAUCUCCUAAAAAAGUGUCUGCUCUAAAACGCGACCUUGACGCCAGGGCCAAGAGUGAGAGGUACCGUGCACUUUUCCGGCUGCCCAAAGAUGAGAAAUUAGAUGGCCACACAGACUGCACCCUCUGGACCCCAUUUAACAAAAUGCACAUUUUGGGGCAAAUGUUUGUGUCCACAAAUUACAUCUGCUUUACCAGCAAGGAGGAAAACUUGUGUAGCCUCAUUAUCCCACUGCGGGAGGUGACAAUCGUAGAAAAGGCCGACAGCUCCAGCGUCCUCCCCAGUCCUCUAUCCAUCAGCACCAGGAACAGGAUGACCUUCCUGUUUGCCAACCUGAAAGACAGAGACUUUCUGGUGCAGAGGAUCUCUGACUUCCUGCAGCAGACGACCUCCAGAAUAUACUCGGACAAGGAGUUUGCAGGGAGCUACAACAGUUCGGACGAUGAGGUGUACUCUCGGCCCAGCAGCCUCGUUUCCUCCAGCCCCCAGAAAAACUCGAGCUCGGACUCUGAGGGAGAGCGCCAGUUUAACCUAAAUGGCAACAGUGUCCCCACGGCCACACAGACCCUGAUGACCAUGUAUCGGCGGCGGUCUCCCGAGGAAUUCAAUCCGAAAUUGGCCAAGGAGUUUUUGAAAGAGCAAGCCUGGAAGAUUCACUUUGCCGAGUAUGGGCAAGGGAUCUGCAUGUACCGCACAGAAAAAACUCGGGAGCUGGUGCUGAAGGGCAUCCCGGAAAGCAUGCGGGGCGAGCUCUGGCUGCUGCUCUCAGGUGCCAUCAAUGAGAAGGCCACGCACCCUGGGUACUACGAAGACCUCGUGGAGAAGUCCAUGGGGAAGUACAAUCUCGCCACGGAGGAGAUCGAGAGAGAUCUGCACCGCUCCCUGCCAGAGCACCCAGCCUUCCAGAAUGAGAUGGGCAUUGCGGCUCUGAGGAGGGUCUUAACGGCUUAUGCUUUUCGAAACCCUAACAUAGGGUACUGCCAGGCCAUGAAUAUCGUCACCUCAGUGCUGCUGCUUUAUGCCAAAGAGGAGGAGGCUUUCUGGCUCCUGGUGGCUCUGUGUGAGCGCAUGCUUCCCGACUACUACAACACCAGAGUGGUUGGUGCACUGGUGGACCAGGGCGUCUUUGAGGAGCUGGCGCGAGACUACGUCCCCCAGCUCUACGACUGCAUGCAGGACCUGGGCGUGAUUUCCACCAUCUCCCUGUCUUGGUUCCUCACCCUGUUUCUCAGCGUGAUGCCCUUUGAGAGUGCAGUGGUGGUGGUUGACUGUUUCUUCUACGAAGGAAUCAAGGUGAUAUUCCAGCUGGCCCUGGCUGUGCUGGAUGCAAAUGUGGACAAGCUGUUGAACUGUAAGGACGACGGGGAGGCCAUGACCGUUUUGGGAAGGUACUUGGACAGUGUGACCAAUAAAGACAGCACACUGCCUCCCAUUCCUCACCUCCACUCCCUGCUGAGUGAUGACAUAGAGCCUUACCCCGAGGUGGACAUCUUCAGACUCAUCCGAACCUCCUACGAGAAAUUUGGAACGAUCCGGGCAGACUUGAUUGAGCAGAUGAGAUUCAAACAGAGACUGAAAGUGAUCCAGACGCUGGAGGACACCACCAAGCGGAAUGUGGUGCGAACCAUUGUGACAGAAACGUCCUUUACCAUCGAUGAACUAGAAGAACUUUAUGCUCUUUUCAAGGCAGAACAUCUCACCAGCUGCUACUGGGGCGGGAGCAGCAACGCGCUGGACCGGCACGACCCCAGCCUGCCUUACCUCGAACAGUACCGCAUUGACUUCGAGCAGUUCAAGGGGAUGUUUGCUCUUCUCUUUCCCUGGGCCUGUGGAGCUCACUCCGACGUGCUGGCCUCCCGCUUGUUCCAGUUACUAGACGAAAACGGAGACUCUCUGAUUAACUUCCGAGAGUUUGUCUCUGGGCUAAGUGCUGCCUGCCAUGGGGACCUCACAGAGAAACUCAAACUCCUGUACAAAAUGCAUGUCUUGCCUGAGCCGUCCUCUGAUCAAGACGAGCCAGAUUCUGCUUUUGAAGCAACUCAGUAUUUCUUUGAAGAUAUCACCCCAGAAUGCACACAUGUGGUUGGCUUGGAUAGCAGAAGCAAGCACAGCGCAGACGAUGGCUUCGUUACUGUGAGUCUGAAGCCAGACAGAGGGAAGAGGUCAAAUUCUCAAGAAAAUCGUAUUUAUCUGAGGCUCUGGACUACAGAAAAUAAGUCAAAAUCAAAGAAUGCAAAGGAUUUACCCAAAUUGAAUCAGGGGCAGUUCAUCGAGCUGUGUAAGACGAUGUACAACAUGUUCAGCGAGGACCCCAACGAGCAGGAGCUGUACCACGCCACGGCGGCGGUGACCAGCCUCCUGCUGGAGAUCGGGGAGGUGGGCAAGCUCUUCAUCGCCCAGCCGGCGAAGGAGGCCGGCAGCGGGGCCAGUGCCCAGGGCAUCCUGGGCGUGCCCUUCUCCAGGAAAGGGCCCGGCCAGCCUUACGGGGUGGAGCCCGCGGAGCCCCACCCGGCCAGCUUGGCGGGCGACAGCGAGGAGCACUCCCUGGGUGGGCAGAUGGAGGACAUAAAGCUGGAGGACUCCUCGCCCCGGGACAACGGGGCCUCCUCCUCCAUGCUCAUCUCCGACGACGACACCAAGGACGACAGCUCCAUGUCCUCGUACUCGGUGCUGAGUGCCGGCUCCCACGAGGAGGACAAGCUGCACUGCGAGGACAUCGGGGAGGACACGGUGCUGGUGCGCAGCGGCCAGGGCACCGCGGCGCUGCCCGGCAGCACCUGCCUGGACCGCGACUGGGCCAUCACCUUCGAGCAGUUCCUGGCCUCCCUCCUCACGGAGCCCGCCCUGGUGAAGUACUUUGACAAGCCCGUGUGCAUGAUGGCCAGAAUCACCAGUGCCAAGAACAUCAGGAUGAUGGGCAAGGCGCUCCCCUCGGCCAGUGACUACGAGAUCUCGGCCUUGUCCGGCUGACCGGCCUUCCCUGGGAGGGGGCGGGGGAGGAGGGGCCAGGAAAGGGUCUUUUUUUAUGUUCUUCUGUCUUGAGGUUUCUUUCUUUCUUUUAAAUUAAAUAUUUAUUAGUACCCGGCUCGAAACCUCGUGUUUUCAUAAUAUAAUACAAUGCAAACUGUUGGAGAAAUAUUUAACACCUUGCUGUAGGUAUAGGACUCUCUCUUGGUGGGGGAAGGGGGAUUUACCAGAAUACAGUAUAUUCAGUGAAUUCCAAAAAAAAGAUGAAUCUGUCCGUGAUAUGUGUGUAUUAUAACUUCUUAGUCUUGCUGUUGAGCUGUAUACAUGGUUUUAAAAAAAAAAAUAGUGCUGCUUAAUGCUAAAUCAGGCGGCAGCCAUUUGUGUAGUUGGGCUUUUUAAAUAAAACCAGAGCUGGAAGGAAAAGGAAAUGUUCUUAAAUGGAAUGGGCAUUGUCAGCUGGGGUAAAUCCUAGACCACUUUGGGGAGCAUUAAAACUAUUUUUUAAGAUUUGAAAUAUAUUUCAUAAAAAGUCCUCUAUUCAAAAAUUAUAUUCCACAGAUAUUCCCCUCAAGGGGAAAACAUUUGAGGUUCUAAACAGUGAUGAAAGUGUGAUUUUUUUUUAUAUGGUGCCAGAUUAAUGGUUCUAUUUGGUCAAUUCGGACAAAUUUUGCAUUUAAGAAACCAGCUAUUAUUUGUGUCGGCUGCCAGAAUUCAGAGAAAAGGAACAGCCUUUUGUUACAGAGAAUCAAAGUGGCAACGAAGAUGACUGAGGGCUCAGGAUUUUUUUUGCAACGGGAGGGGAAAUAGAAUAAAAGGACUGAUGCUUCUGAUCCUGGAUUUUCAGCUUCUUGUUACUCAUUACAAAUAAAGCAAAAAAAUAAAUAAAUA